CCUUAGCCUCAAGCUUAUCGUGGGAGCUAGCAUAACCUGCUUUCUGAAACAGGCCCCAGGGGCCUGUUGCACAAAAGUAAAAUUAAGACAUCCGGGAUAAAUGACUAAGCUGAGCUCAAUGAAUCCAAAACAUGUGCGUCUAGGCUUAAUCGGUUGCACAAAGACCAAGCCAGGAUGAGCAGACACGGAUUCAUCAAGCCAGGUGUAACCAAUCCUGGAUAGGUGCGCGCUCACGGCUCACUCAAACAGACCCCGCCACAGAUCACAGAUAAACUGAUUUACCAUGGCAACUAGAGCCGCGUACCUUUCCCCAUCGGAAGAACAAAUCCUCAUGGAGGCAUACGAGGAGGAACAUGUCAUCGUCUGCUGUGGAAUAUACCAUCGGUGGAGUUAAGAUCCACUUUCCCUGCAAGGCUUACCCAUCCCAGCUGUCCAUGAUGAAUUCGAUUGUCCGGGGCCUGAACUAUGGCCAGCACUGUCUCCUGGAGAGUCCGACUGGCAGUGGAAAGAGUUUGGCCCUCCUCUGCUCUACUCUGGCCUGGCAACGGGCUCAAUUCGACAAAAUUCAGGACGGAGGCUGCAUAGGGAAGAAAAGUCCGCCAGAAAAAACCUCAGUUGACUGCAAGAAGUCGGACAUCCCCACCCCGUGUCUGUGUGCCUGUCACAGAAGCACCAGCAAGACUGCAGCCGCCGCCACGCCUGGCGUUGUGGACCUCACAGUGUCUCCCUGCAAAGACUCUCCACAGUCAUCACAUGCAGCGCGGCAACACGAGGCUUCACCAGCAGAGACACAAGGCAGAAAACCUUCCAUAGCAUCUCGUCUGUCAGAGAAGCUCCAGGCAUCUGUGAACUCAGACGGGGACAGAGAAGACGACUUUAAACCCGACAGAAAACGCAUUCGUUCUGAGGAGCAAAAGAGCCAGAAAAGACAGCGCCUGCAGAACGGAGUUAUAUUCAUCGAUGACGAGCCGGAGCCAGAAACGGAGCCACCUCUUUUUCAGACUGAUCCCACCAACAACCAGGCAGCUUCAUCCUGCUGUGUACCUGUUCCUGAACCCUGCUCCCGCUGCCCCUGUGCUUCAACCAAAGACACCGUAAAGGAGAAGGCCAAAGACGAUAAAAAGAGGAUUCCCAAGAUCUUCUUUGGCACACGCACGCACAAACAGAUAACUCAGAUCGCACACGAGCUGAAGCGCACCGUCUACUCCAGUGUGCACAUGACCAUUUUGUCCAGCAGAGACCACACCUGUGUCAACCCUGAAGUGGUGCCACACUUCAACCGGAAUGAACGCUGCAAGGAUCUUCUGGAGGCCAAAAAUGGAAAAUCCUGCCGGUUCUACCAUGGCGUUCAGAAGAUGCGUGACCACCACACUCUACAGAGAGUCCAUGGGCUCCACGAGGCCUGGGAUGUCGAAGACCUAGUGACGGUGGCCAAGCGUCUCCGGUCGUGCUCCUACUACGCCGCUCGUGAACUCAUGCAGGGAGCGUCCAUCAUUUUCUGCCCGUACAACUACCUGCUGGAUCCAAUGAUCAGAGAGAGUAUGGAAAUAGAUCUGGCAGGACAGAUCUUGGUCCUGGAUGAAGCCCACAACAUUGAGGACUGUGCAAGGGAAAGCACCAGCUUCACUCUGGAUGAGAGCAGCUUGAAGACGUGCAGAGAAGAGCUGGACAGCAUGGUCAAAAACAACAUUAGACGCUCCCAACACGAGCCUCUCAGGGACUUCUGCUACGCUCUCAUCAACUGGAUUCAAGAGUGCCAGGUCUUGUUGUCUGAGCGUGGAUAUGAAAGUGCCAGUAAAGUCUGGAGCGGGAAAGACAUACUGGGCAUCUUUUAUGGUUUGGGCAUUACAGCUGACACCUUCAGGAUUCUAAAGCAAAAUCUUGCAGCUGUUUUGGAAAAGGAAGAGCGUGUGGGCUUGGUUCAUGGAAAGGAAGACAUGGUGCAAGUCCCAACCAUCAGUUCAAUGACGUCCACUGUCCUGAAAAACCUCUUUAUGGUGCUCGACUUCCUCUACAGGGACAACUGCCGGUUUGCUGAGGAUUACAAAGUAGCUCUCCAGAGGAGCUAUUCAUGGACCAAUCAGGUCCCGCCUGAUGUCCCGGAUGCCCAAGGCUUUUUGGUCCGGCCCCGACCACGACGCCGCCAGACUGCCAGAGUCAAGACUGAGAUCCUGACGCUAAGCUUCUGGUGCCUUAACCCCGCUGUGGCUUUCUCUGACCUGAGUGGCUCAGUGCGCAGCAUUGUGUUGACAUCAGGAACACUGUCGCCCAUGGGAUCCUUCUCCUCUGAACUUGGGGUGAAAUUUUCCAUUCAGCUUGAGGCCAACCACGUCAUCAACAAAUCCCAGGUUUGGGUUGGAACAGUUGGUGCUGGACCUCAAGGAAAGAAACUGUGUGCCACCUUUCAGCACACUGAAACCUAUGCAUUCCAGGAUGAGGUGGGCGACCUGCUGCUCCACAUCUGCAAGGUCAUAGCCAAAGGUGUGCUCUGCUUUUUGCCAUCAUACAAGUUGCUUGACAAGCUGAGAGACCGAUGGAGCAACACAGGUCUAUGGGAGAAGCUAGAACAGCAGAAGACUGUGAUCACCGAGCCUCGCGGCGGCGCCAAGGGGGAUUUUGACGAGCUGCUUCAGACCUAUUACGAUGCCAUCAAAUGCUGUGAUGAAAGAGAUGGUGCCCUGCUCAUUGCUGUCUGCAGGGGAAAAGUCAGUGAAGGGCUUGACUUUACAGAUGACAAUGCCAGAGCAGUAGUGACCAUUGGAAUUCCCUUCCCGAACAUCAAGGACCUGCAGGUGGAACUGAAGAUGAAGUACAAUGACCAGCACUGCAAGUCCAGAGGUCUUCUUCCGGGUCAUCGCUGGUAUGAGAUCCAGGCGUACAGAGCUCUGAACCAAGCCCUGGGAAGGUGUAUCCGCCACAAGAAUGACUGGGGUGCUCUGAUUCUCGUGGAUGACCGUUAUGGGAAUAAUCCCAACAAGUACAUUACAGGCUUGUCUAAAUGGGUUCGUCAGCUUGUUCAGCAUCAUUACACCUUCAGCAAUGCCAUGCAGUCUUUGAAAGCAUUCUCUCGAGUCCAGGAGAAGGUGGAGAUGGCCUCCACAGAUUGCCUGACCCUCGGCUCCAUCAACUCGUCUCCCAGCAAUAACUCGUCAGCAGCUGCUGGGGGACAGAGUUUGCUCAAGGCUGCAGAGGUUCAGAUCUCUUCUUUGAGUGUCAAACCACCUAAGCCCCAACAGGAAACCAGCUCAUUGCUGUUCCCUUCUGUUUUGUCUGCACAGUUCAAGGGUGAAAGCAACCAAACAACAGAACUGCAGAAGAUUCCACGCAGUCCCCCACCAGAGCAGAUUCCUCAUCUUAGCACAGCGUCACCACCUUUUUAUAACAUCUUCACCUCCAGCGCCGCAGGCACUGUCUUCAAGAAACCCAUCUUUAUAAGUAAAAUACCCCCCUCCAGUCAGAAGGAGAUUCUUGAGGCGCCUCCUUUACCAGUGAAGCCAGAGAACUUUUGCCAAGAGCAAGAGGCAGAAACCUGUUCAGGUGAAGUCAGAGGAGAAUCUGCAGAUCCCUGUGCCGAGCUGCCUGUGGUGGCUGCCCUCACCAAGUAUGAAAACGAAACGCCCCCAACCACCACCUCGGAUGAGGAUGAGGAGGACCAGAGCAUUUUCUUUACCCCAGAACUGUUUGAGGGCGAGGGGGACGCAGAGGGUCCUCAGGCCAAUGUGGACACAAAGCCCGUUUCCAGUAACUCCCCAAUCACGGGCAGCCCGGAAAGGCUUUCAGAGGAGCUGUUUGGGUCCGAAGAGGCCCCAAGGUUAGUUUCUGCUUUGAAUGAACAAAGCAAGAGGGGCUCAGAGCUCACUCAGGAACAGGGAGCCGAAGUCAGGCGACAAGAGCAAAGCGAGAAGCUAGAGGAGGUCGAAACACCAGGCAGACAGACAGGAAGUAGACUUCACAGGCUAUCCAGGUCCAGGCAGAGGCUGUCCUCCACCCACACAGGAGGAGUGUACGAAGUCAAGAAUGUAGGAAGGGUCAGCGCUCAGCAGCCUGAGAGUAGCAGCAGCCCGAAGGGGUCAGACAAGUCCAGAACGGGUCACAGCUUAACACUGCCAGUCCAGGGUGUGAAGACCAGCCCCAGAAGUGUUCAUCAGAGACAUCUACUAUCAGAGGCUCAAGAAAGCAGCUGCAAAACAACAGAACCAAUCCUGACGCAGAAUGGAACGUCUGCUGAGUUGAUAUCUUCUGUUAAACGAGAAGAAAAGUGGACCAGAGAAGCAGACGACCAGACGGAAGAAACGGCAGGAAUUCAGCACAACAAAGCUGUGAAAGUGAGGAGGUCUUACAAACAGAAACACAGGAAGACCCCUUCAACAAAGAUCACUGAGGUACUGAAGCCGUGCUUCAAGGGACUUCACUGUGCUGUUUGUGAAAAAGAGCUCCUUCCUAAGACUCAAGGUAUAGUACGGCAGUCUGCAUGUACAUUCAAACAGCUAGCAGUUCUUCGAAGAGACUGCGGUCCUGCCUUCCUGACUCGCCGCUGCCGGUGUUCACCCCUGCAGCCGCCAGGUUCAGGGGACUUUCUGCUUGUGGUUCAAAACCUCUCAGCAAUGAAGAUCCUAAAGACAACCCUGCAGCCUGACAGUGUCAACACUGGCACUGCAUACAAUGCCAUCUGGAACCCUGAAGAAGGCUCUGUGACCAGAUUUCUGCAAUGCAAAGGCUGUUGCUCCCAGAUUCCUGGUCUGCCGGCAGCUUUGAUAGCAGCGGAAAUCCUCUACCCCAGAAACAUGGCUCAGAAUCAGAUAUGGUUGGCUCCAGCAGCAGUCACCUUCUGUGCACUCAUUCCAACUGAAGGCUGAAGCUUGAUGGAGACCAGUACCAACCUACUAACCGUCCUUCUAGAAGUUAAAGAUUUCCAAAACAAUAUCUUGUCGAGGAUGAUGAUUAGAUAUUCUUACACUGUAUGUCUAUCAGAGAGUUUGUAUUAUGUAAAAUAAAUUGCAAACAUUGUCAAUUUAGCUUUAUUUCAAUAAUUCAUAUAAAUUACCAGUAAAGCUAAAGAGGCUUGUUCCAUUGCUUUUGUGGGUUUGUAGCAUGCAUGCAGUGGCAGUAUUGUCCUAAAAUUCACCUUUCUAUCAACUGUUUCAAGUGAACCAAUUUAUAAAAAGACAUGUUUUAUCAGUCACUGGUUUAUCAGUCAGAAAAAGCUGGAACAACUGUGGGAAAAUGGAUUAACAAACAUUUAGCAAUGGAGGAAAAAAACGUGAUUUUUUCAGCAACUCCUUUCGGUCACCAGAAAUUAAUUUGAUAAAAAGUUUCAAUGGGUUUAAAAAAUACAAGAUAAAGUUAUAUGCUGUUUUAGUUGAAUAUACAAUUAUUUACUCUAAAAUGAAAAGAACGCUAACAUACAGACUCUACUAUGUAAGUUUUGUCUGAGGUUACAAGAGCUGCAGAUUAUAAACUUGGUUCCAUCGAAGGGCGGGUUUUAGUACAACCAUCUGCCAACCUGUGGUUGAAUAUUUUCAAGAUAACUGGCUGUUGAUUUGUCGAUUCAAAGGUGAGCUCUGUACAAAGGGAACUCCCUUCAUGUGUGUCGAUGGCUGAGAAAGCAAUGGAGAAAAAUGUGCUUACAUGAACCAGGAGCGAGACAUCAACAUAACUCCUGAUCUGUCAGAAGCUGCACAUGAAGGAGAGCAGUGAACUGCUGAGGCCCUCCGGCUGCUUUGCUCAACCCUAGAGAGUUUCUCUUUAUAACUGUAAUUUUAAGGCAAUAAAUCAAUACUCUUCAUCUUUUAA